AUGGAAGAUUCCGUCGGGCUGCCUCUGGCCGUGGGCAACUGUACCACGGAUCUGUGCCUCCCUGCGCAAUCAGGGUCGGUUGGUAUUGCAGAUGCAGAUCACUUGCUGAUGCAGCCGCCUGACUUUACCUUGAGUGAAGUGGUCGGUCUCAACGACUUUGAUAAUCUACAUCUUGAUCCAACAUUUGAAAUUCCAACUCCUCUCCAGAAGAGAGUCCUGGAGUUCUGGCCGCGCCUAGACGACACACAAUCCUGGAGAUUUUGUGCCCAGAUGCUCUUAUCCUUCACCAAACAGUUCGUUCAAACGGGCAAAAAUCCUUUCAUUGGCCAAACAGGCUCAAUGCCAUACAGUUUGGCAACCGCUUUCAGCAUCUGUGCAACCUACCUGGCUCGCACAGAUGCAACAAAUGACAUCUUCCAACGGUUAAUAGUUACUGAAGUCCGCAAGCUGGCGAUAGAAAUUCCACACAGCUCGUUUGAGCGACAGUUAGCCACGCUACAGGCGCUUUUGCUCUAUUUUACCUUGAUGUUAUUCGGUGGGGACGCGCAUUUGCGGACUUUCUCCGAGAACCAAGAGGAUGUGUUGGAACGAGCGACUGUCGUGCUACAGUGGCAAUGUCUCGGUCUUGGUGGGAGUCUGGCGGAUAGCGUGGCGGAUGUUUCUCAUGAGACUGCCCGUCGGGCGGUCGUGGUAUCAUACCUAUUGCGUGGCAUUUAUCGCGUGCUGCAGUAUAAGAGCUGUCAUAUCAUACCGGACCUCUUGAGUCUACCCGUCUCGCUGCACCUGCCCCUAACCCUUGGGCCUUGCGCGAGUGGCCUGCAACUACAUGAUACUGGGUAUGUUGUGACUUACAAUGAAUUUGUCCAAGAGUGGGAGUUGGGAAGACUGAGGCGAACCGAUGACUUUGCGCAACUGCUACUUGUUGCAUGUAAAGGCUUAACUAGAAUCAACCCGACCAGCACCGGCAUUACUCAAUAG